GCGUCCUGUCUCAGGUUGCCUAGCAACUGUUUUAGUUGUACACAGGUUGUGUGUGCGCUUUAAACUUGGGGAUGCAAAAGGAAGAAAUAGGCUUAUAAAUAAAACCGACUCAAACUCCAAAAAAGAUGCACAAACUAGAUAGUCCAGUGGAUUUGAAAGAGGCGUCUAUAGUUGCGCGAAGAAGAGAUGUGGAAGUUCAGAGGCAGAACAGAAUUUUUAAUACCAGACUCAGGACAAUUGGGAUUGAUCAGCAGGCAUUGGAUGCUCAAAUCCAAGAUAAGAAAAUUCAGGAAGAGGCAGAGGCUAGAAAACACACCGCCUAUGCAAAAGAUUUGAUCCGACAUGACCAAACAAUGUGCCUCCUUGAUGAUCGAAACAAACGUGAUAUGAUUAACUUAAACAAGGCUAUUUCUGAAUUCCGUCUGUGCCAUCAGAAGCCUGAAACACGCCGUGAGUUUGAUCUGAAUGAUCCGCAGGCCUUAAAAAAAGAUGUCCCUGCCCGAAUUUCAGACACUGAUCCUCGUUGCACUGUGUCCAGCAUUCAGAAGUUUACUGGGGAAGAUUUAAGUCGGCAAGAAAGGAUUAGAUGUCAACAGGAACAAAUCAGGGAAUGGUCACUUCAACAGCAGAAAGAACUAAAGAAUGCUUUGGAAGACCAGAAGUUUGCAAAUAAACUCUAUGAUGAGAAUAGGAUAGCUUUGGACCAAAGAGCUUGUGAACUGCAACAAAUGGAAGAAGAAACCAGGAGAGCUGUUACUGUAGCAACAAAAGAUUUCAAUAGGGCACAGGCGACUGAAAGGGCUACAAGACAAAAGCUGGAAAAACAAUAUGAGCAAGAAGAUAAUUUAGUCGAAAUUGGAAACCAUCUUCACAGUGAUUUGCUAACAGAAAAUCCAAAACAGGCAGUAAGUGCUUUUGGACCAAAUCGUGUUAUUGUGGAUCGCUGGAAAGGAAUGACACAAGAUCAAGUGGAUGAUAUAAUUCGAAGACAGAAGCAGCAAGUCCAGGAGAGAAAGAGACUGGAGGAAGAAGAACGCCAGCGUAGUGCAGAAUGGGACAGGCUACGGGUCAAUGAUGCCCGAGCAGCUGUGCUUCUUGAACGACAGCAACAGCGCGUACAGCGGCAGCUCCGGAAAGCAAUGGAUUGUCAAAACAUGCUGCUAUGUAAGAACCAUAAGGAACGGGAGAGAUUUCUGAAAAAUGAGGUCUACGUGAAUGUUCCAACUGCCAAAUACUUUGAUCAGUUCAACACAACCAGCCGCUAAAGUGGAUGAUAAGGUUGACUUUUGC